GAAUACAUACACCAUUUGCUCUUGACCUGCUCAGACUACAUCUUGCAACACAACAACCUGAGAAUGUCACUAGGAACGAAAGCAUAUAAUGUGAAACACAUUUUAAAUGUGGCCAGCUACCUGAAGUCACUGUUCAAAUAUAUAGCCAACACAAGAAGAUUCACCUCAGUCUUCGGAGACGUA